GGCUGUGCAAAAAAAAAAAAACAAAAACAAAAAAAUUUGCAUCAUCAAUAAUAGGGCUUAUGUGAGUAAUAAGUAAUAAAUAAGUUUGCAGUUACGAAAGUGAAUAAAAUUUAAGUAUAAUGAGCGCAUCUAUAAUUGCUAAUUUAUGUAUACACAUUCUUACCUGGAAUGUGGGUACUCAUCAGCCUGAUGAUAUUUCCAUGACAGAUGUAUUGUCACUGAACGGAACUACUGCCUGUCCAAAUCAACAGUUGCCGGAUAUCUAUGUUGUAGCUUUGCAGGAAGUUAGUAUUCAUGCUAAAAAUCAAUUUCUCAAUAUUUUCCAUGAUGAUCCAUGGACAUUUAAAAUUGGUGCACAUCUUACACCCUACGAUUAUAUUAAAGUCGGUACAGAGCAAAUGCAAGGUAUACUCAUUAUGAUGUUUGCCCAACCCAAACAUGAACCACAUAUGAAAGAUGUGGAAGUGCAGAGCACACGUACAGGCUUGGGUGGUUUAUGGGGUAACAAAGGUGCUGUAAGCAUACGCAUGAGUCUCUACGGUACAGGUGUGACGUUUGUUGGUGCACAUUUAGCAGCACAUGACGAUAAGUUGAGUGAACGUAUCGAAGACUAUAAUCAAAUAGUGAAUAAUCAUCAUUAUAAAACACCAAAAUAUCGCAGUAUUUUCGAUCAUGAUUACGUUUUCUGGUUUGGUGAUCUGAAUUUCCGUUUAACUGGUACAGACUCUGCAUGGGACAUACGCAAUUUAGUGGAACAGGCUAAACUGGAGGAGUUAAUUGAACGUGAUCAACUAUCCUUAGCACGUACCACCGGCAAUGCAUUUGCCUUGCUCACCGAGGAGUUACCUACAUUUGCACCAACAUUCAAAUUCCACGAAGGCACAUCCGAGUACAAUUUGAAAAGACGUCCAGCAUGGUGUGAUCGUAUUUUGUAUCGUGUACAAGUGAAUCGUUACCCUGAUAUAACUUUGAAUAUAACUCAAUUGUCAUAUAAAUCGCAUCCUGAUUAUACACUUUCCGAUCAUAAACCUGUGUCGGCGGAAUUCCUCUACAAAAUCGAAGCGCAAUCGCAGACUGAUGAAGAACUCUAUGAGUUAACGCAUGGCGGCAGCAGUACUGAAACUCCGUUAGCUAGUUUUGAUAGCGAAAAUGCACGGCUCGCACCAAUGUAUUAAAGCAAAAUAUGUACAUAUAUGUUAGAAAAUCCGUUAAAAACAAAAAACAAGAAAUUAUAAACAACAAGUCUGAUAAGGUCCAGUUGUUUGACAGCGUGAUAAGUGCCAAAGUGCCCAGCAAACGAAAGUAUGUAACGCCAUUACAAACACAUAUGAAUGUUAAGCAAUUUUAUAAGUUUUUAAUUUUUUUUUUAUAUAUAUUUUAUAUUUGUGUAUUAUAUUUUAUAUUUGUAAAC